AUGAGUCCCGUCGACAAACAAGCCAAACGAGCGCAAACAACGCAUACACACAGCUUCGUGCUCAAACCACCCUGGUCUUCCUUCUUCCUCGUUCAUGAGGAUGCACGUCCAAUAUCAAUCGCAACUGUAACAUCCUACAAAACUAUUUUCACGCUGUCACACCGCCACCCCUCCCCCAAUCCCCGGAACCCCGGUUGGCCACUGCACAACCUCCUCGCAUACCUCCGCACCCUAUACCCAACCCAGACCCCUUCCACUCGUGUUUUUUGCUGGAGCGACCCCGGACUUCCAACCUGUGAAUGGAAGAGCCGAUUCGGAGUCGUUCAAAUGACAGGUGGAGGUCGACCAUCCACUCUCAACUGGGAGAAAGUUUUACACGGGCUCGGGUCUCGCGUUGCGGACCUCGCGCCCAUGAUGCAUCCCACCAGAUUGGCCACUCAAGCCGCCGCCUGA